GCGAGGUGCUGUUCUGGCGGAGGGCGGGCUCGGGGAAGGCAUUUUUAGGAUUUUUUUUUUUUUUUUUUUUCUUCUUCGGAGGGGUGAUCAUUCAGUAAGAAAUCGAGUCGUAUAUACCCUCUGGAUGAAACACUGUCUAAAUGUUAUCUUCUGUGUCUUUUAGGUAAACGUAAUGCAUCCCUGGUUCUCUCAGAAGAGAGAGCUGCACAGUUUCGCGAUCUGAAUGCGCUGAAAGGCGGUUUACCCCUUCUUCACGACUACGGAUUUCUUUCUCUCUGUAGUCGGUGUUCGUCGGCCUACAGCCACCUUUCUUGACGCUGACACCAUUCGAACCCCCGGGCUGCUUGUGGGAUUCGGACCAAGUCAGAAAAAUGGGAGCAUUUUUGGACAAACCAAAGAUGGAAAAAUAUAAUGCUCAUGGUGAGGGGAAUGACCUACGUUAUGGCCUUAGCAGCAUGCAAGGCUGGAGAGUGGAGAUGGAAGAUGCCCACACAGCGGUGAUUGGUCUGCCGAAUGGCCUUGACCCUUGGUCUUUUUUUGCAGUGUAUGAUGGGCAUGCUGGGUCUCAAGUUGCCAAAUACUGCUGUGAGCAUUUGCUAGAACACAUCACAAACAAUCCAGAUUUUAAGGGGGCCAGUCCAGAGCCUUCAGUAGAAAAUGUAAAGUGUGGAAUCCGAACUGGCUUUCUGCAGAUAGAUGAGCACAUGAGAGCUAUCUCUGAAAAAAAGCAUGGAGUAGACAGAAGUGGUUCGACAGCUGUGGGAGUCAUGAUAUCUCCUCAACAUAUCUACUUUAUUAACUGUGGGGACUCCAGAGGUUUGCUUAGCCGAAAUGGGAAGGUCUACUUCUUUACUCAAGAUCAUAAACCUAGUAAUCCACUUGAGAAGGAACGCAUCCAAAAUGCAGGUGGUUCGGUAAUGAUUCAGCGUGUAAAUGGUUCACUGGCAGUGUCUAGAGCCCUGGGGGAUUUUGAUUACAAAUGUGUACAUGGGAAGGGGCCAACAGAGCAGCUUGUUUCACCUGAACCAGAAGUCUAUGAAAUUGAAAGAUCUGAAGCCGAAGAUCAGUUUAUAAUUCUGGCGUGUGAUGGAAUUUGGGAUGUUAUGGCCAAUGAUGAGCUAUGUGACUUUGUAAGAUCCAGACUUGAAGUUACAGAUGACCUUGAGAAAGUUUGCAAUGAGAUUGUUGAUACCUGCUUAUAUAAGGGCAGCCGAGACAAUAUGAGUGUUGUGCUGAUUUGCUUUCCAGGUGCACCAAAAGUUACACCCGAAGCUGUGAAGAGAGAGGCAGAGUUGGAUAAGUACCUGGAGAACAGAGUAGAAGAGAUUAUUAAGAAGCAGUGUGACGAAGGAGGGCCAGACUUAGUCUACGUGAUGCGUACUUUAGCAACGGAGAGCAUCCCCAAUCUCCCACCUGGGGGAGAACUGGCAAGCAAACGAAGUGUCAUUGAAGCAGUUUAUAACAGACUGAAUCCUUACAGAAGUGAUGACACUGAUUCUGCAUCGACUGACGACAUGUGGUAAAACUCCCGGGUUCUCAGAAUUAUUGGGCAACUACAAUCCAAGAAUACCAUCAGUCUUUCUCUACUGUCAAUUCUCACAGCUUUUCUUAUUAAGAAGGGAAAUAUGCACUUGUGGAGGACGAUACACACAAACAUCUACAGCAUCAUUCUGCCCACGAUCUCAACAUCUCAACAAUAUAUCUAUCAUCCUUUUUCCCCUGUUGCCCCAAAUCUAAAAAUUGAAAUUGUUUAAAAACAAAAUGUAAUUGUUAUGGUAAUAGGAUUCCAGAUUUUUUAUGAUGUUUUUUUUUUUUUCCUUUUCUAUUUGUAAAAGUGCAAUUGUCCUUGUACAAAAUGCCUGUGUUCAAAGAAGCUUAAGUUGGUUUAAGAUAAAACUGUAAACGCACUCUGCCUUUUUUCUGGUCUUCUGGGAUGCAACACAUGUUUGUAUAGUGCAUAUUAUUAUAAGUAUUUCUUUUUUUGUUUGUUUUUUUUCCAGAAAAAAACGGGUAAAAUUUAUGUAUAAGCAUGUGAGAGCUUAUUAAUCAAAUUUAGGUUAAUGACUACGUUGUGCACUUUUUAACUUAAUUUCUGCAAAUACUUGUCAGAUAGUCCCAACGCUAAAAAGGCUUUUUGUUAAUGGUAAAUAUUUAUUGUUCUGUCUUCCCCCUUUUAAAAGCCUACUGUCUAAAUAGAUAUGAAAGGCUUAUGAACAUGCCACUGCUUACUUGUUGCAUUUUUAUUAUGAAGGAAGACUAUUGGCUUCAGCUUAAUCGACACUAGGAGCUCAAAGCUUGCAUUUUUACUUUUUCCUUUACAGAAUAAGAGUGUGAGAAAGAGAGAGACAGACAGAGGGAUAAUUCAACAUUUUGUGUUUCUGGGCACUCUACAUCGUUGCUAUAUUUUUUUAUGUUGUCAGAGUGACACUAACUAUUUAUUAAAUUUUUUUUUUUCAGUGUAAUGAGCUGUGCAGACAUAUGGUACACAGAGGUUCAGAUACAGUGAGGUCUGAUUUUUCUUUUUCAGGGAGAGUUGGAUACCUAGUCAAUAGAAUAAAAUGAGACGAGGACCACUGUAUGAGCAAAUAUUUAAUAUGUUGAAGCCAUGACUAUAAAAUGUUUUAUGGAACAAUUUCUUUAUCACUAUUUUCUAUGUGCCAUAUGCCCUGGAUGGUCCUUUUCAGGUAGCUCUAAACAUAGGAAAAAAAUGCUUAAUUAUUAUGUGCAAAUUUUAAUUUUAGAUUUCACUGAAAAUUUGUAUUUCACCUGUUUUUUUUUUUUUUUUUGUAGAACAAGUGAAUAUUGUCUCACUUGUAUGUUGUGUACCCCUUCCCCCUCUUCCAGUUACUUAAGAUAACAUUAAAAUACCUCUGGUUCCCAUUGUAGGAUAUAUUUGUCUUAUUGGGUUCAUUAAUGUGAUCUAAAAUAGUAAGAUAAACAGUAAGCCUUUAGCUUAUGUAUUUCAUGUCUUCAGGAACUUGAUUGACCAAGUUUGCUGCUAUUACACGUGAGUGCUUUUAUUUUUCUUUUUCUUGCAAAGUGUGUGUUUUAAACCAACAGCUUCCACUGAAAAAAGCUAUAUUUUACUUUUAUUGAAAUAUUUAUGAAGAAAUUAUCUGCAUCUUGUUCUUCUUUACUGUUGCAUUCAUGUAUUGUUAUAACACCAUGAUGUAAAUUUUUUGACCUGCAAGCAAGAUAUACAUAUAUAUAUGUCAUAUGAUAUAUAUAUAAGUGUCAUAUACUUUUUUUUUUGUUUUUGAACAAGGAACCUUUAUAGAGUGGAACAGUCCUAAGACUGAAGCCUAUGUAGCAACUGCCAUUUGAUUAAAUGGGAUAAAUAUUUGUUGCUUCAGAACUGUUUAGCACCUGGAGAUUUAUCUUGCUAUGUAUAAUCUUCACAGGGUAUUUUUGUUUGUACAUCUUAAGAACUGACAAUCUAAUUCUAUUAAACAUAAAUAUAUUGUAAUAUCUUAUCAUCAUCACUAAAAUUUCGAUAUAAGCUAAUUUGAUGGCAUGUGCUAAAUAAGUGCUCCCUCACCCCAUCCCUGAGAGUAGAGUUUAAAAAGAUGUUUUCUGCCAACCUCUGAAAGCCAAGUAGUAAGCACUUUUAAAAAUUAGACUAGUAUGGAUUAAGUUAAUAUAUUAAAUAUAUAUUCAUAAGUGGACUGGCCUUUUUGUUAAUGCCAUACUAUAGACUUUAUUGUUUAAAAAUAUUUCAAACCAGUGGUAAAUGGAGAAAAAUUGGUAGUGAUAAUCCUAUGUCCUGCAUUUCUUAUCUUCCUUCAAGGGAAAUAAGAUAAUGUGAAUGUAUGCGGCAGAACAAGAUUUGCUUUGAGCAACAGUUUGUUAUAAUUAAGCUUUUUUCUAUUUCGUUUUUUUUUUUUUUUUUAAUGAUUUGCUUUCCCACAUUAAACAAUUUUAAAUAGAACAUAAAACCACAAGAGUGAUGCAUGGCCAUUUUUCAUUUGCCACUCAUGUUAAUUUACAAUAGAAUUUUGUUACAAUAGCAGUUAUGGUCUCUUGCUUUUGGGUCACAGUUCUAGGCACAGUUUGUAUUUAGACUGGAUUAAAAUAAAUAUAUAUUUAUUAAUAUUUUGUUAUUGAAUCUUUGUCCUAUUUAAUUAUAAAUUGUUAUCUGUAGGGUCAAAUUAUCAAAUUCAUUUGUAUUCAGUAUGAUUUAGAUUUUCUUUAUUGUUAAAAAGUUGGCAUAAACUUCAUUGCCCAUAUGUUUUGUAAAUAAAAAAUGCCCCUAGUCAAUUCAUAAUUAUUUUCAGUACUGCGUAUUUGUUUUCCUUCAUGGCAUAGCCACACAGACCAGAAAAAGAGUUUUUUGUUUCUUUAAUGAUGUACAACAUUAAAAUUGACAUGCAUAGUUUUCAUGAAAAGUGGUACGGUAGAUGAUAGUUGUAUUAGAGGCAAACAAUAUACUUACUGUGUAUGAAUAAAUCUAUAAACCUUCUUUAUUAAAACACAUACACUCACCAUACCUUACUUUGGUAAAUUCAGAAACAUUUUAAAAUAUAAUUUACUAAAACCAACACAAGCAUUCAUUCUAGAGUGUCUUUUUGCCAUGUUCAUGUGGCUUAAAGAUAUACUCAAAUGAAAAUCUUGCAGAGUUAUGAUAUCUUGCAGUCAAUUAAACAUUUAUAUGUAAACAGUUUCAUACUCACUUUGUGACUUUCAAUAGUCAUUUGUGCUUGAGAAAUGCAUGAAUGUACUAGAGAAGUGUAAAAAAAAAUAGAACUCUUAUUCUGUAUUAAUGUUUGUUCUACUUUUUCAUUUGGAUGGUCACCCCCAAAAUAGGAGAAUUUGUGCAAUUGAGAAAAUAGACUGUAUUAUGUUUAUAUACAGAGAGUGAGUGUGUGUGUGUUUGCUUGUGUUAAUCAUUUUAAAGCAUGUUUACCACUGGUAGUAUCAUAAGAAGAGUAAAAGUAGCUUGCACUAAUGAAUGAUACUGAGGAGCCUUUUCUGUCACAUCAGUUGUAUCUAUCCACUGACUGUAUGCCAAGAGGUGCCAAUUGUAGGAUGUGCAUAUUCCACUUGAGUUAGAAUUGGCUAAUAAGGUUAAAUAAUCUUGUGCCUAAAACCAGAAAAUCCUUGAAUUUCAGGUAAUUGGCACUGCAUACUGUAAUGUAUAUAUUUUUAAGAAGGUAAUUUGUUAGAAUGAAAAAUUAUUGGUGUUUUUGCUGGCAGCAUUUUAUUUGGUGAGGGGUGUAGGGGUGGUGGGUUGAGCUUUUAAAUCUAAAGAUGUUUCUUUUGUUCACUGAUAAGCUCACCAUUUUGCCUUAUGAAAUUAAUUAUAUCACAGCAGUUUGCAAGUGUGAUUUCUUACAUUUAAAAGAAACAAACGUGCAUUGCUGUUCUAACAAAAGACUCAUCCUUGUGAAAUUUUAUCUUUCCUGACACAAGAAUUUGUUAUUCCAAAAAUAUUUUUUUCUUGGAAACUCCCAUUACUGCAGUGUUUCAAAAAUUAUUCCUGUUAAGCAUGAAUGAUUGCUUACCCUAAAGAGGAUGUGAUACAUAUUGUAUGUAAAAUUAUGUUUAAAAAAUGAAAGCAGAAUUAUUUUUGUUUGUAGGCCGUGCAAUGCUAUUCAGUAAGUUAUUGUCUUAAGUGAUUUAACUGCUAUUUAGAAAUCUGCUUAAUUAACCGAGUGUUUACAGAAAUACCUUGUUGUAUAUUUUGUAUUAUGUACUGACUCCAAAGGAAAUAUUUGUGGAAAAGAAAUUCUAAAUGGUAAAUUGUAGUUUGGAUUCAGUUGAACAAAUUGCAUUCCUUGCUUGUGAAUUGUUUAUUUUCCAGGUUAAGAAGAAAAAUAAAUAAAUUAAAAAAAACUAAUUGCAAAAUGUGCCACUAAAUAAAUAAGUUGUUACUUUAUGUCUUCAACCUGCAUGAUUGUUUCUACUUUGAAAGUAAAUUGAUUUGCCUAAUCUGUGAUCAUAUUGUUCCUAAACUGACUAGUGUAAAUAAAAGUCAUCAUGUUUGAAAUUAUAA